AUGUUCCCCCGUGAUAAAACGCAGACCCCAUCAAAGAAUAACGCUCACAGAAAGAAGUACGCAACCUUACAACGACAAAUGACGACAUCGCAGUCCUCUCUUGACUCUCCCAAAUUCACGCCUACCUUAAAUCCGUUGUCACCGACACGCAAAGUCGAGAAUUCUGUCUUGAGCGCAGCAGUGAAGAGUUCCUAUAUUAGCAACGAGUAUCUGAGAAUACGAGAUUUCAUCAAUAGGACCGAUCCAGACAUUCUACAGCAUAUCCUCUUACGGACACUUGAGUAUCGUAAUUCGAAAGAUAUAAUCGCCCUGGGCAUCAUCUUCCCCCGUAACCAUUUUCCCUCGUUCAAUAACUUCCACUGUGCUCGGUGCCAUAAGGAGUACAACCCUAUGGACAAAGAUCAUUGCCUGUUGCGCCACAUGACUUCGUUUGUACGAAAAAUACACCAGGACGAGAAUGGAUCCAAUUUCUUUUGUCGAUCAUGCGGUAAAACUUUUUAUCUUAAGAACGUCUUCUCUUACACCGAUAAAGUCAACAAUCACCAUACUGGGUUUUGUUUUGUGGGGCUCCAUACUAAUGACGCUCGUCUCGUAAGGUAUGGCGCUGGGGCUAAAACCUGUGAAGAAUAUGGCUGCGUCGAGUUUUAUGUGUGA